AUGGGAAGGGUUGUGCGUGCCAUCGCGAGAGACGGCACCGCUGGAGAGGCUUCUGCCGAGAAAGUGCCGUUGGGCCAGACGUCCGAGGCCACUGAAACUGGCCAGCCGGAGUCUCCCGUGGAGAAUGAGUACGCCGAAGACAGCUCUGACGAGGAGGACAUCCGCAACACGGUGGGCAACAUCCCCAUGGAGUGGUACCAGGACUUCCCACACAUCGGGUAUGACUUGCACGGCAAGAAGAUCUUCAAGCCCAUCCGCACGAAGGACGAGCUGGACCGCUUCCUGGAGAAGAUGGAGAGCCCCGACUACUGGCGGACCGUGCAGGACAAAAUGACGGGCGCAGACGUGAAGCUGACCGACGAACAGGUGGAGCUGGUGACCCGUCUCCAGAGGGGCCACUUCGGGGAGGUGAAGUUCAACCCUUACGAGCCGGCCGUGGACUUCUUCAGCAGCCAGGUGAUGCUGCACCCGGUGACCAACCGCCCAGCGGACAAGCGGAGCUUCAUCCCCUCCCUCAUCGAGAAGGAGAAGGUCUCCAGGCUGGUCCACGCCAUCAAGAUGGGCUGGAUCAAGCCCCGGAAGCCCGCGGAGGACACGCCCGCCUUCUAUGACCUGUGGGCCCAGGAGGACCCCAACUCCAUCCUGGGCCGGCACAAGAUGCACGUGCCGGCCCCGAAGCUGCCCCUGCCUGGCCACGAGGAGUCCUACAACCCCCCGCCAGAGUACCUGCCCACAGAGGAGGAGAAGCUGGCCUGGGAGGAGCAGGAGGCCUCCGAGCGCAAGCGGAACUUCCUGCCCCAGCGCUUCCGCUGCCUGCGCCAGGUGCCAGCCCACCCCCGGUUCAUCCAUGAGCGCUUCGAGCGCUGCCUCGACCUCUACCUGUGCCCGCGCCAGAGGAAGAUGCGGGUCAACGUGGACCCCGAGGACCUGAUUCCCCGGCUGCCCAAGCCGCGAGACCUGCAGCCCUUCCCCACGGCGCAGGCCCUGGUCUACCGGGGCCACACCAGCCUCGUGCGCUGCCUCAGCAUCUCCCCACAUGGCCAGUGGCUGGCGUCAGGCUCUGACGACGGCACGGUGAAGUUCUGGGAGGUGUGCUCGGCGCGCUGCGUGAAGACCGUCCCCGUGCGCGGGGCCGUCAAGAGCCUCGCCUGGAACCCCAGUCCCCUCCUCUGCCUGGUGGCCAUCGCCGUGGAGCAGUCGGUACUCCUGCUGAACCCCGGCCUGGGGGACACGCUGCUGCGCGAAGCCACCGACCGGCUGCUCGGCAGCUACGUGGCCCCCGAGGAGGCGCGUCCGCAGCCCGUCGCGUGGGAGGAGGCCUCCGGAGAGGACUGGCGCCAGGGCGUGCGGCUCGUCGUCAAGCACGGGAAGCCGCUGACGCAGGUGGCGUGGCACGGCAAGGGCGACUACUUUGCCAGCGUGGCGGCCGACAACAGCCACCUGCAGGUGCUGCUGCACCAGGCCAGCAAGCGCUGGAGCCAGGCGCCCUUCCGCCGCAGCAGGGGCCCCGUGCAGCGCGUGCUCUUCCACCCGGCGCGGCCCUUCCUCUUCGUGGCCACCCAGCGCUGCGUCCGUGUCUACAACCUCCUGCGGCAGGAGCUGGCCAAGAAGCUGCUGCCCAACUGCCAGUGGGUGUCCAGCAUGGCUCUGCACCCGGGAGGCGACAACCUGAUCUGCGGCAGCUACGACAGCAAGCUCGCCUGGUUCGACCUGGACCUGUCCACCAAGCCCUACCGCGUGCUGAGGCACCACAAGGCGGCGCUGAGGGCGGUGGCCUUCCACCCGCACUACCCGCUCUUCGCCUCGGGCUCGGACGACGGCAGUGUCAUCGUGUGCCACGGCAUGGUCUACAAUGACCUGCUCCAGAACCCGCUCAUCGUGCCCGUGAAGGUGCUGAAGGGCCACGCGCCAGCCCAUGAGCUGGGCGUCCUGGACGUCCUCUUCCACCCCAGCCAGCCCUGGCUCUUCUCCGCGGGGGCCGACGGCACCAUCCGCCUCUACACGUAGCCGGCCACCCCUCCCCUCCCCUCCCGCGGGGCUCUCUGCGUCUCUGGCUGCAGCCCGACGGGCCCGGCGGCCCCAGGCCGAGGGACAGCGCACUCGUUCAACUCCCCGGGUGCAGAAUCCUUCCUCGCCUGGGCACGGGCGGGAACGGGAGGAAGGGGCAGGCCCCCCAGGCGCCUUGGGGAGGCGGCCCACCAGCUUCACCUUCUGCCUGCACCCCAGGAGGGGGAGCCGGUCCCCGAGAAGUGUUUCGGCGCCUCGUCUCUUCCGCCACGUGCCCGGGGGCUUGAGGGUCUGCCCCUCCCAGCUGUACUGCGUGGUCUCUCUCUCUCUCUCUCUGUCACUGCGUGGUUUAAACUUGCGUUUUUUCAACA